AGAAAAAAAGGUAUGAUUUUACGUAAUCCGAACUCCCAUAAUCAGUAAGAUGAAUUAUCUUCCACGUGGAUCAAUUAAUACUGCCAGGUGGAAAACAAAGAAAAUGAAAAUUUAUUUUGAUAGCAGGCGAUUGUAACUCCAUGCAUAUUAUAAUUCUCGUGAAUCGGUCAUUUCCCUCUUCAGUCGAUACCGCCACCUUGAUCUUUUCAGUCUUCUUCACAAAGUUCAAAGAGAGAUGGCUACGUGGCGAUUUUCAACGACGUCGAGCGGAGCGGAAGCGGUUUCGAGCUGCUAUGCGGUGGCUAGAUUUAUCGACUUCAGCCGCGGAAGAAAUGGCGGCGUUGACGGUAGCGGUGGUGUACGUAGAAGCGGAAACAAAGCGAAGCAGCUGAUAUUGAUGAGGAAGUGGCAAGUUAGGCCGAUGAGGAGGUCGUUUUCGGUGAGGAAUGCGUCGAGUGAGCCGCAACAGAAGGUCAAAGAUCCAAUAACUGAAAAAGAAGAUGCCUCAUCUAUUGCCUCUAGUAUCAAAUAUCAUGCAGAGUUCAACCCAUUGUUUUCCCCUGAGAAAUUUGAUCUUCCAAAGGCUUUCUUUGCAACUGCACAAAGUAUUCGUGAUGCUCUCAUUAUAAACUGGAAUACCACUUAUGAUUAUUAUGAAAAAUUGAACCCAAAACAGGCAUACUAUUUGUCGAUGGAAUUUCUACAGGGUCGGGCAAUGUUGAAUGCAAUUGGUAAUUUAGGGCUUACUGGAGGUUAUGCAGAGGCUUUGAGCAAGCUUGGACACAACCUAGAAAAUAUAGCUUUCCAGGAGCCUGAUGCUGCCCUUGGGAAUGGAGGUCUUGGUCGACUUGCCUCUUGCUUUUUGGACUCUUUGGCAACAUUCGAUUAUCCAGCAUGGGGUUAUGGACUUAGAUAUAAGUAUGGAUUAUUUAAACAGUGUAUUACAAAAAAUGGGCAGGAAGAAGUUGCUGAAGAUUGGCUUGAGAUGAGCAAUCCUUCGGAAAUUGUGAGAAAUGAUGUCACAUAUCCUAUCAAGUUCUACGGCAAGGUUGUUACAGACUCAGAUGGAAAGAAACACUGGAUUGGAGGGGAGGAUAUAAAUGCUGUUGCAUAUGAUGUCCCGAUACCAGGAUAUAAAACUAAAACCACGAUCAACCUGCGACUCUGGUCAACAAAAGCUCCGUCAGAAGACUUUGAUCUAUCUGCUUUUAAUUCUGGGGAACAUAUCCAAGCAGCUAAGGCCCUAUAUAACGCCGAAAAGAUUUGCUAUGUACUCUACCCUGGGGAUGAAUCAAUCGAAGGCAAAAUCCUUCGUUUGAAGCAACAAUAUACCCUGUGCUCAGCCUCUCUACACGAUAUCAUUGCACGUUUUGAAAGAAGAUCAGGAACGAAGGUCAAAUGGGAAGAAUUUCCUGAGAAGGUUGCCGUGCAAAUGAAUGAUACUCACCCCAGUCUUUGCAUUCCAGAGUUGAUGAGAAUCUUGAUUGAUGUGAAAGGUUUAAGCUGGAAGGAGGCCUGGAAUAUCACCCAAAGAACCAUGGCAUACACAAACCAUACUGUUCUACCUGAGGCUUUGGAGAAAUGGAGUUUAGAACUUAUGGGGAAACUGUUGCCUCGACAUGUGGAGAUUAUAGAAAUGAUUGAUGAGGAGCUAAUUCGCACCAUAGUUUUGGAGUAUGGUACAGCAGAUUCUGACUUAUUGGAGAAAAAGCUGAAGCAGAUGAGAAUUUUAGAAAACGUUGAGCUGCCGGCUGCUUUUUCAGAUUUACUUGUUAGCCCCAAGGAAAGUCCUGUUGCUGUUCUCAAGAAGAGGAAGAAGAAGAAGAAGAAGAAGAAGAAAGAAGAAGAAGAAGUAGUUGAGCCUGCUGAUGGAGAAAACGAACCUGUAAAGGAAAGCACUGAAGGGAAGAAAAAGAUCCCAGAACCAGUACCAGAGCUCCCAAAGAUGGUUCGUAUGGCUAACCUAUGUGUAGUAGGUGGUCAUGCAGUAAAUGGAGUUGCAGCGAUACAUAGCGAGAUAGUAAAAGACGAAGUGUUUAAUGAUUUUUUUAAGUUAUGGCCUGAAAAAUUUCAAAAUAAAACAAAUGGGGUCACGCCAAGGAGAUGGAUCCGUUUUUGCAAUCCGGACUUGAGUAAAAUUAUAACUAACUGGACAGGAACAGAAGAUUGGGUUUUAAAUACUGAAAAGUUGGCGGAACUUAGAAAGUUUGCGGAUAAUGAGGAUCUUCAGGCCCAGUGGAGGGCAGCCAAAAGGAGCAACAAGUUAAAGGCUGUGUCCUUCCUUAAAGAAAAGACGGGAUAUCUAGUAAGCCCUGAUGCAAUGUUUGACAUCCAGGUGAAGCGCAUCCACGAAUACAAGCGUCAACUGCUGAAUAUUUUGGGAAUUGUCUACCGGUACAAGAUGAUGAAAGAAAUGAGUGCUUCGGAAAGAAAAGAAAAGUUUGUUCCACGUGUUUGUAUAUUUGGAGGAAAAGCAUUUGCCACUUAUGUGCAAGCCAAGAGAAUUGUGAAAUUUAUUACUGAUGUUGGAGCUACCGUUAAUCAUGACCCUGAUAUAGGCGAUUUAUUGAAGGUUGUUUUUGUUCCUGAUUACAAUGUGAGUGUGGCUGAAUUGCUUAUCCCUGCAAGUGAGCUAUCACAACAUAUAAGUACUGCUGGGAUGGAGGCAAGUGGAACCAGCAAUAUGAAGUUUGCAAUGAAUGGUUGCAUUCUGAUUGGGACCUUGGAUGGUGCCAAUGUUGAAAUACGAGAAGAGGUCGGAGAAGACAACUUCUUCCUCUUUGGGGCUGAAGCUCACGAGAUUCCAGGCCUUAGGAAGGAAAGAGCUGAGGGGAAGUUUGUUCCAGAUCCUCACUUCGAAGAAGUUAAGGAGUUUGUCAGAAGUGGUGUCUUCGGUCCUUACAACUAUGAUGAACUGAUGGGAUCAUUAGAAGGAAAUGAAGGUUUUGGUCGUGCAGAUUUUUUCCUCGUUGGCAAGGACUUCCCUAGUUAUAUAGAAUGCCAAGAGAAGGUCGAUGAGGCAUAUAAAGACCAGCAAAGAUGGACAAGAAUGUCAAUCUUGAAUACUGCUGGUUCAUACAAAUUCAGCAGUGACAGAACAAUUCAUGAAUAUGCCCGGGAGAUAUGGAACAUAAAACCUGUCGAAUUACCAUAAUUGCUGAGACUCUGUACCAAGACAAUCCAAUAUCUAACUCAACAUCCAUGUGUCAAUAACUUGAAAAUUAUGCGGGGUGUGCACAUGGCCUCACCAAGUGAUUCACUGCUGGCCUCCAUAAUCAUGAAAUCCACGUUCUCCAUUUUCUUCUAAUCUGACAGAUUUCCAUCUGUGGAUUACCCCCAUCUUUGAUACCCUCUCCUUCAAUUCUUUCUGUCUAUACUGCAAUGCCAGAUACAACAGUACCGAGAAGCAGACAAUUAAUGCAGUAACGCAAAACCCACUGAUACCCUUAAUCUGAAGGUUCAAGCCAGUUUG